CCGGGCCAUGAUGGCGGACGCUAGGGGAGAUUCGCAAGCGCUCUUUGCGGCUGGUAUUCGUGCUGCACUGGAAACCUGGCCAGCCUUGCAGAUCGCCGUGGAAAAUAGCUUCGGGGGUGUGCACAGCAAGGAAAAGGCGGUGUGGCUAGAGCAUGCAAUAGAGGAAUACUUCUUCCGCAAUGCUGACUUGGAGUUAGAUGAGGUAGAAGACUUCAUUGAGGAGCUUAUGACUAAUGAGUUCGAUACGAUUGUGGAAGAUGGAAGUCUGCCCCAGGUGAGCCAGCAGCUGCAGACAAUGUUCCAUUACUUCCAGAAGGGUGAUAGUGCUUCUUUGGAGGACAUGGUCUCUCACAUCAUCCAAAGAAAAUGCAGGGUUAGAGCCGCUACUCUUAAGACAGCCAAAGAUACUAAUGAGGAGGAGGAGGACAGUGUGGAAGAGAUGGAGGUCACAGCUACUAGUAAUGGAGUAACUACAAGUGAGAUGUGUUCCCAGCCUGAAUCAUCCAGACCAGAAUUCCAGACUAUUAAGGAAGAAGAUAUAGUAGAAGAUGGCUGGACCAUUGUCCGGAGAAAGAAAUGAAUGGAAUUGAAAGUGAUUGGUGCUCUUGUUUGCUAGCAGUGUUAAAGCAAUUUGGGAAGGGUUGUAUUGUAGUUCCAUCCACACUGUUUCCAUCUCUCUAUCUAACCCCUUAUCCUAAGGAAGAAGAGAUCUUGAGAUUGUGGCCUCAGGGGUCAUGAAGCAUGGUUUCCCAGUACUGUGUCUCUUGGGUAUAAUCAGUAUGAGGAGAGAGGGAAUGGCUGGAGAAG